AUGGACAAGGUCCUCGUUCCCGCUGAAGGGCACCUCGACGCUGUGACUGGAUUUGUGGUCUUCAGAAUGCUUCUCGAGACAGCAGUACAACAGGGCCGAAAGGACCAACUUCUGAAACAAGGAAUCAGUGACUAUGAGAAGGUCAUGCAUCAGAAAGGCUCAAUGUACCCUGGUGGUGAACCAUUAGAUCUUGGCGUGGGCUUAAGGAUCUGUCACUUCUACACUCACGAGAAGUGGCCGCAGGCAUUUACUCGGCAAGCCAUAUAUCUAGUCGACAACCUCUUUGAUGGAAAAUCCGCGGAUAUUGGAGGAAGCAUUUCCAAGAGUCUGGCUUUUAAAGAGUCUGAAGCCUGUUUGGUGGCCCAGUGCGUCCAACCUGAUGAGCCAUUGAAAGAACAGGUCAGUAUACUCAUCGAGUUUUGGGACGGGCAUAUCCAUCGGCAUGAUCAAGAUGGCUUGAGACCAAUUUCACAGAUCAUUUAUGCGGCGGCUAUGCUUCCUGAAGGCAAGCUUAUCUAG